AUGACCGAGAUGAACGAUAAGAAGAAUGAAUCCGACAUUGAGCGGGCAGGGGAGCUGGUGCCGAUUGAUCCUCGAGUGCCUGGCAAUGACAAGGAGCAAAUCCAUGAACCAGUCCCCGGAGAGCCGCUUGAACAAACGCCUUCCAAAUCACCUGCAGCGACAACAUUUUUGUCCAGGCAGCUCUCUCGAGUGCGAACCAAGGACAGUAUCGACCCAGGCCCACCACCGGAUGGAGGAUUCCAAGCUUGGUUCCAGGCAUGGCUGGGCCAUCUUGUCAUCUUCAACACAUGGGGCUACAUCAACAGUUUCGGCUUGUUCCAGACCUACUAUGUGAAUGAGAUGAGAAUCGGUGGGGAAAGCUCAGUGGCAUGGAUUGGUACGACUCAGGUAUUUGUUCUCUUUGGGAUAGGGACUUUUAGUGGCAGAGGAUUGGAUGCUGGGUACUUCCGCAUACAGUACAUUGCGGGCAGUAUCAUAUAUGUCGUCGGCAUGUUCUUGACGAGUCUUUGCACCGAGUAUUACCAGAUCUUCCUCGCACAAUCUCUUUGUGUGGGGAUUGGAUUGGGAUUGUGCUUUGUACCUACCUUGGCAUUGGUGAGUACCUACUUCUUGAAGAAGAGGUCGAUGGGAAUAGCCAUUGCGGUCACGGGCUCCACGACUGGUGGGCUAGUGUUCCCGGCUAUCGCAGAGUCCUUGCUACCCUCUGCCGGCUUUCCUUGGACCAUGCGAACGAUGGCAUUUGUCCAGAUGGCCUUUGCGAUCGUGACGGCAAUUUUCCUCAAGCCACGUUUACCACCUCGAAAGAGUGGGCCAUUGGUGGAAUGGGCGGCAUUCCGCGAGACUCCAUAUACACUCUAUUGCCUUGGUACUUUCUUGUACUAUUGGAGUGUAUAUGUGGGAUUCUUUUUCGUUGGAAGCUUUGGUAGGAAUGUCCUCGGAACAAGCCAGUCGACGAGUAUCACCCUGCUUAUGGUAUUAAAUGGAGUUGGAAUUGUAGGAAGAGUUGUGCCCAAUUAUGUGGCGCAGAAAUGGACAGGUCCUUUGAAUCUGAUGCUGCCUUGUGUUGCUGUUGCUUUCAUUGUGCUAUAUUGCUGGAUUGCAGUGGACUCGGUUGCUGGGCUUUGGGUGUUCACAGUCGUCUAUGGAUUUGCUGCACAUGCUUUACAAGCUCUCUAUCCGGUCGUGUUGACCAGUCUUACCUCGGACCAGAAGAAAGCUGGGGUCAGGGCAGGAAUGGGAUUUACGAUAGCAGGAUUCGCUGUGCUCACCGGCCCACCGAUUGCAGGUGCUCUGGUACAGAAAGCUGGUGGGAGUUAUCUGGGUCUUCAAUUAUUUUCAGCUACGAGCAUGUUGGCAUCUGCGUUGGUGUUUGCAAGCGUACGAUGUCCAAGCAGCUUUGGUCACUCCACGGUCUCUACUGAGAAAUUCUUCUGUGGCAACCUUUCCUUCUCCCACAAAUCUCAGAACCGUCGCAGUCCCCCCCACUACCCUCACUCUCCUCUUUGUCAACACGAACCCUCAGGAGCGCUCAAGCCCUCGAACUCCCUACCACUCUUCAUUCUCAGACACAAAAUCAUGGCUCCACGAGGCAGAGGAGGAAAAUUCUCCAAACCAUCCAGAGGAGGUGGAAAGAAGUUUUCUCGGGAUCUUCAACCUCUCGAUAAAGAAGGCAACCCUAUUGGAAUGUGGCGUGAGCCAGGCGCGGCUGCUGAUGACUCGUCGGAAGAGGACGAAGAAUCGUCCGAAGAGGAAUCCUCUGAUGAUGAUGGUGCUCCUGGUGCUUCCGGCGGUGCCGCUGGUGAAACCAGCCGAGAACAACGACGAGAACAAGCACGUUUGAAGAAGCAAGCUGCAAUUGCCAAGAAGAACAAGAAAGGAGCAGAAGUCGGCGACAUGCCCACCAGUUCUGAGGAUGAGGAUGAGGAUGAUGACGAGGAUAUGCCUGCCAAUCCCAACCACACCCAAAAAGCCAGAUCGCAAGCCCGUGCCGUAACUGGUACUAGCGGAGAGACUGAUGCUCCUCGAAAGGCUGACAAGGAGAACCUGAGUCGCCGAGAGCGUGAAGCACUGGCCGCUCAACAGGCUAAGGAACGAUAUCAGAAACUACACGCUGAGGGCAAGACCGACGAAGCCAAGGCCGACCUCGCCAGAUUGAAGCUUAUCCGAGAACAGAGAGAUGCUGCGGCGGCGAGGAAGCAGGCUGAGAAGGACGAAAAGGAUGAAAUGGAGAAGGAGAAAGCUGACAGAGACGAGAAACGACGAUUGGCUGCCAUGGGUGAUGCUUCCAAGAAGAAGCCUAUUGCCAAAGCCAAGAAGUGA